UGUGUGUGUGUGCGUCUGUCUGUGUGUAUGUGUGUGUGUGUGUCUCUGUGUGUGCCUGCCUGCUGCUACUUUGUACUGUGAAGAACACACAGCCCAUGUGCUCUGUAUGGAUGUUGAUGAUACUCUGUGUAGCUUGAUUCUCUGCAAGCAGGCAAGAUGUCCAGCACACCACAUGACCCUUUCUAUUCUUCUCCUUUUGGCCCAUUUUAUAGGAGACACUCACCAUACAUGGUGCAACCAGAGUACCGAAUCUAUGAAAUGAACAAGAGGCUGCAGUCUCGUACAGAGGAUAGUGACAACCUCUGGUGGGAUGCCUUUGCAACUGAGUUUUUUGAAGAUGAUGCAACCUUAACCCUUUCAUUUUGUUUGGAAGAUGGACCAAAGCGAUACACCAUUGGCAGGACCCUAAUUCCUCGUUAUUUUAGCACUGUCUUUGAAGGAGGUGUAACAGACCUGUAUUACAUUCUCAAGCACUCAAAAGAGUCAUACCACAACUCAUCUAUCACAGUGGACUGUGAUCAAUGCACCAUGGUCACCCAGCAUGGAAAACCCAUGUUUACCAAGGUAUGCACAGAAGGGCGUCUUAUCUUGGAGUUUACCUUUGAUGAUCUUAUGAGAAUAAAAACAUGGCACUUUACCAUUAGACAGUACAGAGAAUUAGUCCCACGCAGCAUUCUAGCCAUGCAUGCACAAGACCCUCAGGUGCUGGAGCAGCUGUCCAAAAACAUCACCCGAAUGGGUCUGACUAACUUCACCCUCAACUACCUCAGGUUGUGUGUAAUAUUGGAGCCAAUGCAAGAACUGAUGUCAAGACAUAAAACUUACAAUCUAAGUCCUCGGGACUGCCUGAAGACAUGUUUGUUUCAAAAAUGGCAGAGAAUGGUGGCACCACCAGCAGAGCCCACAAGACAACCGACAACCAAACGGAGAAAAAGGAAAAAUUCAACCAGCAGCACUUCAAACAGCAGUGCUGGGAACAAUGCAAAUAGUACCAAUAGCAAGAAAAAAACAGCAGCUGCAAACCUGAGCUUGUCAAGUCAGGUACCUGAUGUGAUGGUGGUAGGAGAACCAACGCUGAUGGGAGGAGAAUUUGGGGAUGAAGAUGAAAGGCUUAUCACUAGACUAGAGAACACACAGUAUGAUGCAGCAAAUGGCAUGGAUGACGAAGAAGACUUCAACAAUUCACCUGCAUUGGGAAAUAACAGCCCAUGGAACAGCAAACCUCCUGCUAACCAGGAGACCAAAUCUGAAAAUCCCACGCCACAAGCUUCCCAAUAGGUUAUUCUGCAGCAUUAUCCACUGUUAUGUAUGUCAGUGGAUUAUAAUUACUAUUUUACACCAUUCUUAAAAAAAAAACCUUUCCAGAUACAGUAUCUAUUUCUAAACUACAGCUAUCUGAUUGUUUUUAAUUAGAGAAAAAUCAUAUAUAAGCUUUCAUGUACCUUUCUUGGAAGCUUUCACACAUGACACGAUACUGGCACUGACCUCAAUUAAAAUAAUUGAAAAUUAAAUAGCCCCUCAUGGCAAAUUUCAAACAAAACAUUUUGUUGGAGGGGUCUUUUUUCCUCAUCAAACACAGGCCAUAUUUAACAAGUCUUCAGUGCUCAGGAUCUCGUUAACAUAACUAUGGAAAACUUUUUUAAAAUUGUAAAAUAUUUUCUGCUUUUCAACUUGCACCUACAAUUUCUUGUUUCAGAAAAAUCAGCUUUUUAAAAGUAAUUUAAAGUAACCUUAGUUCUUUCUUUAACUUUUUUUUCAUUGGUUAAUCAUUUAAAGGAUCCAGCAUUUUUAAUUUAUAUUGUAGCUGAUGCCAAUAGUCCUUCUGUCAUUUAUCAAAAGUGCUGAAACAAGAAAUGUCUUUUUUUUCAUCAAAGACAUGAAAAAUAUUUUUAUGUGGAGAAAGAUGCCCUGUCCUAUGAGAGUUUAUGCUUUGUAAAAUUGCUGUUGAUCCAGAUAUUUUAAAGCCAUGUAAUCCAUUAAUUUUGUGGGCAGCUUAAUAAAUCUAAAACUUUUGUGUUUA